UAUUGUCAAUUGAAAUACAGUUUUACAAAAAAUUGGCACCAAAAGAGGAAGGAGAUUAAAACAUUAAUUCUACAAAGCGAUAAAACUUUACUUUAUCUUUGACCGGACUUUAAAUUAUAUGCAUCUCUAUUCUCUAGCAUUUGGGAAAAGAAAUGAAAAAUCAAAUGUGAACGUUAAUACGGUAACAAAGUCGGUGACAAAAAAAAAAACAUAAAAGCAUAUUAGUCUUAUUAUAAAAAUGGUUCGACCAUCCCAAACACUACGGAGGACCCCAAAGAAAUGAGCCAAGAGGCAGCGAUAACGAGCUUCAAGAAAUUCCAAGAGUCAUGGAUCGAUCAGCUACGAAACCACCUGAACCACCUCCGCUCCGUCCAAAACCACCACCGGAAUUCCGCUACCGGCGAUGAGGAACGGUUAAGGGAAGCUGUGGAGAGAGUGAUGGAACACUUUAGAGAGUACCACAGGGCCAAGUGGGCGACGACGGAGAAAGACGUGAUCGGAGUUAUGGCUACUCCUUGGGCUUCAGCCCUUGAACGGUCACUCCAUUGGGUCGGUGGUUGGCGACCAACAACCUUGUUUCAUCUGGUUUACACUGAGUCGAGUAUUUUAUUUGAGUCUCGUAUCGUUGAUAUACUUCGUGGCUUUCGCACAGGUGACCUCAGCGAUCUCUCUCCGUCUCAGUUCAGGACGGUGAGUGAGCUACAAUGUGAGACGGUGAAUGAAGAGAACGCGAUAACGGACGAGUUAUCGGAGUGGCAAGACGAUGCGAGUGACCUCGUCAUGGGGACCUCUUCCGAUCCCGAGCAGAGGAUCCGACGGCUAGCAGAAAUCGUCCAUCGAACUGAUGAUCUGCGACUGAGAACGAUCACACGCGUGGUGGAGCUCCUGAGUCCGCUCCAACAAGCAGAGUUUCUUAUCGCUGCGGCUGAGCUUCGUACCGGCGUUGCUGGUUGGGGGACUAGCCAUGACCGUCGUCGAAGUUCCGAAGUUUAAAGCUAAUUAAAACGGUUGAAAAGGUAAUGAGAAUUGUGGAAGAAAGUUAGUUUUUUGAUAUUAAUUUUAUGUUCUUACCAUGUUUUUGGUUAUCCAGACUGAGUUUGGUUUUUUUACAUGGUUAUGAAAUAAACUAAAAAACAUGUUGUCUCUCCGGAUGCAAUAAAGAUCAACUUAUGGGUCUUGCUUGUUUUAGUUUACCUUUUUCAGUUGGAUUUCUCUGCAUGUGUGUGAAUUUUUAUGAGAUCAUAUUAUCGGACCUGAUUGGGGCUUUUGGUAACUUGUUUAUAAAAAAAUAAUAAAGACAGAGAAUCGGGGACAUAGGUAAUUGACUAAUUGUUGGUUUCUAUAGACCAAGUGGA